UUGGCAUUUAAGGUGUCCCGGAGUAGCGUCCCUGCGGCCGCAUGGACAGCCGGUCCGCCGCCGCCUCGCCCCCGCGUGGUGCUGCCUGCUCCAUUGUUUAUUUCCCGGAGCUCGAGGGAAGGUGGACCAGGCAAGACACCAAGAAACUACAGGAGAGGGGAAAAGACUAAACUGUGAGUGAGUGUGCCUGAGAGCUAUGUCUGUUCGGGAAUCCUUUAACUCAGAAAGUUACGAAUUGGACAAGAGUUUCCGGCUAACCCGAUUCACUGAACUGAAGGGCACAGGCUGCAAGGUACCACAAGAUGUCCUGCAGAAAUUGCUGGAAUCCUUACAAGAGAAUCACUUCCAGGAAGAUGAACAGUUUUUGGGAGCAGUUAUGCCAAGGCUAGGCAUUGGAAUGGACACUUGUGUUAUUCCUUUGAGACAUGGUGGUCUUUCCUUGGUUCAGACCACAGAUUACAUUUAUCCUAUUGUGGAUGAUCCUUACAUGAUGGGCCGGAUAGCCUGUGCCAAUGUUCUAAGUGACCUUUAUGCCAUGGGUGUCACGGAAUGUGACAACAUGUUGAUGCUCCUUGGAAUUAGUAAUAAAAUGACAGACAGGGAAAGGGACAAAGUGAUGCCCCUAAUUAUACAGGGUUUUAAAGAUGCUGCAGAAGAAGCGGGAACAUCUGUAACUGGUGGCCAAACAGUGUUGAAUCCCUGGAUCGUAUUGGGUGGAGUGGCUACAACAGUUUGUCAACCUAACGAGUUUAUCAUGCCUGAUAAUGCAGUGCCAGGAGAUGUGCUUGUGUUGACAAAGCCCCUGGGAACACAAGUAGCCGUGGCUGUGCAUCAGUGGCUGGAUAUUCCAGAAAAAUGGAAUAAAAUUAAACUUGUGGUCACCCAGGAAGAUGUGGAGUUGGCAUAUCAAGAAGCAAUGAUGAACAUGGCAAGGCUCAACCGAACAGCUGCCGGACUUAUGCACACUUUUAAUGCGCAUGCAGCCACGGACAUCACAGGGUUUGGGAUCUUGGGCCACGCACAGAACCUUGCUAAGCAACAGAGGAAUGAAGUGUCCUUUGUCAUCCACAAUCUUCCAGUGUUGGCCAAGAUGGCUGCUGUUAGUAAGGCCUGUGGAAACAUGUUUGGCCUUAUGCAUGGAACCUGCCCAGAGACAUCAGGAGGCCUUCUGAUCUGUUUACCACGUGAGCAGGCUGCUCGAUUCCGCGCAGAGAUUAAGUCCCCAAAAUAUGGGGAAGGUCACCAAGCAUGGAUUAUUGGGAUUGUAGAGAAAGGCAACCGUACAGCCAGAAUUAUAGACAAACCCCGGAUCAUCGAAGUAGCACCACAAGUGGCCACCCAAAAUGUGAAUCCCACGCCUGGUGCCACCUCUUAAUCUAGACAAAAAUAGCUAUUUGGUUUUGUUUUUAAAUAGAUCUAUUCCUUUAUCAUCAUUACAAUUAAAGACUGUAAAAAAAAUCUCAUUGUGUCUACGCAUCUGGUGACCUUAGGUCAGUUUGUGAGUGGAUGCAAUUAAUAAAAUAAAAUCCAUUGCCUUUUUUUCCUGUUACAUUAACUGAAGAUGCACCUAAUCUUGAGGCAGCUUCUGAGUUGAGAAUUAUAUUGUUAUCCAAUACUGUUGAUUCAUUUUGAAUCUUUAGACACUUAUCUCUCGCCGCAUAGGCUCUUUUUAAAGGUGCUUUCACGUAGCACAGACAUUACCAGUAGUAGUGUCAUUUAGCAGUUUGUGUCAUUACAUGUAUAUUUAUCAUUAUAAGUCUAAUAAUUUUUUGAUGUCUUGAAUGGUAUUCUGGAAAGGCAGAAUGGGUAGGUGACACAGUGGGUAUACCCGUAGUAGUAAGAGGGUUGCAUGAUUACUUUCAGUCUUUUAUUUGUAAAGUCUAGUCUUAUGAUCCAAGAGCAUCUCUCCAACCCUGGAUUUAGUAGCGCACUCAGUUAAAUAAGGCAAGUGCUUAACUCUGCAUGGAAAGCACUUUGAAGUUGAAGGAGAAAUUUUCAUUUCGUAUUUGUAGACCUUAUAAUAUUUACUGUAAUAUCAAUAAUUGUUUUCUUUAUUAAAAGGGGGGAAAAUUGCUAACUUUUUGCAAUAUAAUUGGAUGUGCUAUAGUGCAGCAAGCAAUUGCCGACCAAAAGGGGAUUAAUGUAUAAUAUUCAUUUACAAUUCAGUAUAUAAUUAACUACACAAAUAAUUUUUAAAUAUAAUCAAU